ACAGGCGCGACCCGUCUCCUAAACAAGCGCUUCCAACUGCCCGGUGAUGACGUCACGCCAUCUCGUCGCCUCUCUGUUUAUUAUGUGGUUUUUAAGGAGCAGCUGCUAACUGCUAGCAUUGAGCCUCGUCUUCAAACAUGCUCUGAUUUAUAAACAGCUGGCAGGUUUGGAGGACAGAGAUGGCAGUGUUUGCACUGACCAUGCUGGAUGGGAUGGAGGAUGAGGUAACGGCAGCAGGUGGUGUGUUGCUCCUGGUCCUAGCCCUCGUCUUUGCUUGGCUCUCAACUCACGUGGCCGACCGGGGGGACCACAUACUGGGCACCAUCCUCACUGUGGGUGCUCACGCCUCUCUGAUCGGACUGGGAGGCCAUGACAGCUACAGCGGAGGGUCUCCCAGCGCCGACACCCCUGAGCAGCAGACUCCUCCACCUUCUCAGGAGAACAAGCCGGAUGACGGCGAGCCGGGGACUGAGAGAGGAGAGGGGGAGGGAAUGGGGGAGGGAGCUGAGGGGUUUAGGGCUGAUCUCCUGCUGGACAUACAGAGCAAACAACCACAGGCUGGAAGACUGCAUACUUCAGAUGAGGAGGAGGAGGAGGAGGAGGAGGAGGAGGAGGAGCUGGAGGAGGAAGAUAAAAAGAUUAUAAAUCAUAUUCCAGUGUUGUCCAGCACCAUCUCCCCCACCACCACUAUGGCCACUUCCAUCUCUGUCCGUCUGAAGUAUUUAAACGACACAGAGGAUUUAGCUGUUGUUGAACCACAGGAUACAGUUGGAGUUCUGAAAAGUAAAUACUUCUCAGGUCGAGAGCAUCAAAUAAAACUCAUCUACCAAGGCCAGUUGCUGCAGGAUCCCAUGAAGACUCUGUUAUCCCUAAACAUCACACACAACAGCGUGAUCCACUGUCACAUCUCCCAGGUCCUGCUCGAGGCUCCUCCAGAGGAAGGGGCUCAGUCUGGGGCCGGAGCAGGAGCCGCGUCUGGGGUCUCUGGAGGAUUCAGGUCUGCUGGUGUGGCCAUAAGCACCAGCAGCCUGGUGGUGCCCGUGUUUGUGGUGAUACUGGCCGUGGUGUGGUACUUCCGCAUCAACUACAGGCAGUUCUUCACCGUGCCUGCGACCAUCUCCCUCGUGGGAGUCACUGUGUUCUUCAGCUUUCUGAUAUUUGGGAUGCACAGCCGCUGAAAAGGCAGAGAGAGGGCACACACACUUACAGCUGAAUGUUAUGAGGUAGAAUAAAAAUAACUAUAGCAGUAGGCGGCGCCUGGAGAGACAGACUAAUCAAAACGGGGCUUGGUGCAGAUGCAACAGCUGAUUGGAUCCCUGCAGUGUGUGUGCGUGUGUGAGUGAGUGAGUGUGUGUUGGUGGCUGGGUGAGCCUGUUUGUGCAUGUACCAAGAUACAACAACAUAUGAGUGAUUGUACAGUAUAUGUGGAGUAAAUAAUAAUCUGCAGUGAGUGACGUUUGGCUGAAACGGAUCCAUUUUAGCUCCUCUCCAAACAUGACUUAGUGGUUCACACCACAUUUAAACACUCCUGGCUUUAUCUCGUCCUCUCUUUUACUGUUGCUAAAGAUUCAUGAUGCUUUUUUGUCCGUCUUUGUUUGUUUUUUUAGACCACUGUUUGUGUUAAAAAAAAGUAUUAUUAACUGAUAGAUGCAAGAAUCUAAAACCUUUUGGAACCACUCACUGUUGUGCUGUGUGUGCCAGGUUAACUACCAUUAUGUUGUGUUAUUUGAAUGAGUCUGUAUAAGCAAAUAUGAACUGGCUGAACAUUGACAAUAUUUGUGUUGUUCAAAAACUGUUGCUAUAGAAUUAGGAUCAUUUAAAUAAUCACUAGACAUGGAAAUAGACACUUUUUGAGAUGAUAUUGUAAAUAUAUUGUGUAUUUUCUGUAAAUAAAAUGAUAGAAUGAAUCAGAUGAACCUGCAUCUGGCACUUAAAGAUUUGGAGGAACCCUCCUGAUUAUGCUGGACUGCUCUGGCUUCAGUGAUGUCUCAAAUUAAAGCAUUUCAAACCAAA